CAGGACCUCCUUGCAGGCCCCGCCCCUUGCAGGCCCCUCCCUUUUCUGUGUUUCAGGCCCCGCCCCGGUCACGCCUCUCCUCCUGCCUGCCUUGUUGCGCAUUGUGGGAACGUUCCGCGGGCACAGCGUUGGAGGACGCGGAGUUUUGUCAUGGGGUUCCAGCCGAGCCCAGGCCUGCUGGCCUCGCUGGGGGUGGGGCUUCUGACUCUGCUCGGCCUGGCUGUGGGCUCCUACUUGGUUCGGAGAUCCCGCCGGCCUCGGGUCACUCUCCUAGACCCCAAUGAAAAGUACCUGCUGCGACUGCUAGACACGACGACUGUGAGCCACAACACCAAGAGGUUCCGCUUUGCUCUGCCCACCGCCCACCACGUUCUGGGACUGCCUGUGGGCAAACAUGUCUAUCUCUCUGCCCGAAUCGAUGGCAGCCUGGUCAUCAGGCCGUACACUCCCGUCACCAGUGAUGAGGACCAAGGCUAUGUGGACCUUGUCAUCAAGGUCUACCUGAAGGGUGUGCACCCCAAAUUUCCUGAGGGAGGGAAGAUGUCUCAGUACCUGAACAAUCUGAAGAUUGGGGAUGUGGUGGAAUUUCGAGGGCCCAGUGGUCUGCUCACUUACAUUGGGAAAGGAAAUUUUAGCAUUCAGCUCGACAAGAAAUCUCCAGCAGAGCCCCGAGUGGCGAAGCGCCUGGGGAUGAUUGCUGGUGGGACAGGGAUCACGCCAAUGCUGCAGCUGGCCCGGGCCAUCCUGAAGGACCCUGAAGACCCAACUCAGUGCUUUUUGCUUUUUGCAAACCAGACAGAAAAGGACAUAAUCUUACGGGAGGACCUGGAGGAGCUGCAGGCCCAACACCCCGGUCGCUUUAAGCUCUGGUUCACUCUGGAUCACCCCCCAGCAGGAUCGGCCUUUUGUCUUUCUCUGGAGAAGAAAUCUGGGUGGUGCCUGCAGGAACAGCAUUCCUGUAGCACUGGAGGCCACCCACCCACCCCAUCCCCGCCCCAGGCCAGGCCACGGAGCAGUGUCUUCCACAGGCCAUAAAGCAGUAGGUACAUUCAUUUCAAGACGAGCCAAUUCCGUGGUAGCGUCACACUCUUUUUUUGUAUCUGAUGAAAGGAACAGUCUGUGUCAUGAGUUUUACUUGCUUUUCGGUGCUUCACUCCUCGCAGGUUCUGUGUGCCAGCUGAGCAGACGUCUAAAGCUAGUCACAGAGAUUGCAGGAAAGGGGGGGUGGUUUCUGCAGACCUCAGAGAAAGGAA